CUUUGCAUUGCGGGUGUUAUCCUUGAUAUGCGGGGAUAUUGAAUUUGAAUCUUUUACUCGAGACUCAAAUACAGUUAGGUGCAACGCGACGAUACAGUUGGAUUCUAAUAUCACGAUGUUUUUUUUACUUCGUACCAGUAUUCAAGUCAUCCUUAAUUUUAGCGAUGCCAUAGAUUGGAUAUUUAGACAAAGAAGCCUAAAAUCUUUCGUGUUCAAAUAUAUAUUUAUCGUAUAUUCGAGAAAUAUUUUGAUAUAAAAACUAAUUAGUUAAACUUAAACGAGGGGCCUGCUUGAUAGUCAGAAUGGAAGACUCUGGUAAUGGAAAUGAGAAGAAAAAUCAUCAUAAAAGAUGCGAUUUUCAUGUGAAUCGAAGUCACAUACCUUUGAAGCUCAUUUAUUUAUUUUUUAUGGCUGGGGAAUCAUGUGUGCUACUUUAUCGAUCGAUAUACAUGAAGCACUUGGGAAUGUCGACUAAACAAACUGGAAUCAUAUGGACACUAGAAAGAAUAUUUUCUAUUCUUUUACCCCCGUUAAUCGGUGCUAUUACUGACAUAACAAGACGGCCAAAAUUAAUCCUUAUUAUUCUUCUACUUGGUGGUGGUGGGACUCUGUGUUCGAUGUACUUUGUUCCGCAAGAAGAUAUGGUGUCUAGCGGCUGGAACGUAUCACUAUCACAUGGAGAAGUAUACACUGGAAAUAUAUCGUUCUGUUGGACAAUACACUGCGAGCAAAAAUACUCACCAAAUCAAGAUUUCUGCGUUUUGGGAAAUCCAAAGGCUAACUGGAUACACUGUCAAGAGGAUCCGAUAGCUAUUGGAUCGCUGUCAUGCACUUCAAAAAUGUCUCCUGAACUUAUCCUCAUGUAUCGAAGUCCCGGAAAAACAAAAACCGUAAUUGAUAUUACUCCUUACGUGAUAAAUGAUACAAUUACUUCAACUAAAUCCAAUGUGGUCGACAAUAUAACUCUUAUUGAGGACUACUUCUCAGUGAGUUCAACUAUGUUAAAAGCAAACUCUAGCAUAAAGUCUAUAUGCAAGAUUCAUUCAAAUAAUCACAAUUUUACUACGCUAACUUUACUCUUAACCUCUCAACAAGUCGACAAGCUGUACGACGGCCUGUUAGGCCAAGCUAUUGUUUACUCGAUUGUCAAUCCUCGGUUGUUAUGCAUUGACUAUGACGUCACAUAUAAUGAUAACGGCCAGCAACAGUCCUGCGACGAAUUCGUCCACAAUGAAAUUGACACAUAUGGUGUAACAUUUUGGGUAUUUAUUACCCUUAUUUUUAUAUCUUCCUUUGCGAGCAUUGGCAGUUAUCCCGUCAUUGAAGCAAGUGUUUUGGGGGUAUUGGGGCCAGAGAAACGUCAUAGAUUUGGUCACCAACGUCUGUGGGCUUCGGUAGGAUGGGGAUCGGCAGCUCUCCUUAUUGGAUAUUUGAAGGACAGGGAUCUAGAUUUAUAUGGAGGCAAAGGAAAUCCAAAUCGGCCAUUUUUGUCAAUGUUUGUGGGUAUCCUGAUCUGUUGGAUCUGUGCAGCAAUGGUUGCGGCAAAGUUGCCGAUAAAAGCAGCUUCAAAUACGUCCAAAGUCCGUUUUAAAGAUAUAAAGGAAGUGCUGAAACGAGGUAAAGCUAUCGCAUUCCUUGUGUUAGUCCUAUUCUAUGGAGCGAAUAUCGCGGUGAAAGAAAUUUAUUUGUUUUGGCUUGCAGAAGUUAAGCUUAACGCACCAAGCUCGAUGCUAGGUAUUUCAACAUUCAUCAGCACUCUUCUAGACAUACCGUUUUGUUUGGCUGCCGGUUCCCUGAUCAAAAGAUUUGGACACACGCCAAUAAUAUGUUUUGGAAUGCUCAUUUAUUCAUUGCAGGUGAUAUUAUGUGGAGUAAUAACAGAACCUUGGCAUUUGAUCCUCGAGGAAGCACCGAGGGGUAUAAGUUGGGGGCUGACCUGGGUUGUGAUGUGCUCGUACACUGCUAAAAUUUCUCCGCUCGGAUUAGAGGCUUCAACAAUGGGGAUCACACAAGCUACGUUGUGGGGAAUAGGUUACGGCGUGGGUGCUUUACUCGGAGGAAUUUUCUUUCAAACGUUCGGGGGAGAUAAAAUGUUCUUGUUAUUUGGUGCCAUGAGUUUGUGUGUUUCAGUAUUAUUCGGAAUAUUUUCUUUUUGUACACGUAACAAAGACGAUUCUGAUGUCACAGACAAAGAAGAUGGCAGUUUAGAUGAAGAAAAAGAAACUCUGAAAAAUAAUGAAGAAGAUGUUGAAGAGAAGACGCACGUUUAAUUAUACUCAGGGGAUGAAAGUUGAAACACAAAUUUUAACGAAGACUAAAUAUAAAAGAAUUGAUCAGAAACUAGCCCAGUUGUCAAAAAUCAAAAAUGACCUUGAAUGACCCUUUGUUCUGUAUCACGGUCGUACCCAAGUGGACAAGUACUUUUGGACACUCAAGACCCGGAUCCGCUAGAUGUUACGGUCUGACCUGGCAUUUAGAAUUUUCAGACCCCCCUCCCCCUUCUUUUGUAAAUUCCUCGCUACGCCCCUAUUCUGUUUAUGUAUUACUUACAGACUUGUGAGUGGCUUAUACAUUGCAACCAGUGGUGGGAUUCAGCCGGUUCGAACCGGUUCUACAGAACCGUCUCACGAAGUUUUAUGAGAUCAGCGAACAGGUUAGCAUUACUGGUUACUGUCAAUGACUUUUUGUAACAGAACCGGGUGAAAAAUAUGACUUCUGUUAUGGAACCGGCUGACAAAAAAAUUGAAUCUCACCACUGAUUGCAACAUGUACUAAUACAUGCAGAUCUUCGAUCAACCGAUUCUCACUUCAAAUUGUUUACAUGUAAACGGUCUUGAAUAACUUUGUUGUUCACUGCUGAUAUGCAAAUGUGUUCAAGUGUUCGUUUUGCUUGUACAGUUCUUAGUGGCAUUUAUUAUGUUUUAUUUUUUUCUGGAGUUUUGUGAUCAUGAACUGUGAAUAGAAAAAUUCAUGUCUAUAUUCGUUGGUUUCUGAUUAACGUAAUAUUUGUAACGACCACAUCGUUUUUGAUUUAUAUAACCUUGUGAGAUCUUUUCUAUCACUGUUUUAGUUUUUUUUUGGCAAAACUGCUGUGAAGUAUCUUAAUGCAAAUAUAUAUUGCACUGUGAUACA